AUGGGUAUGGCAUUUUCUCGUGUGUUUGAACGUCUCUUUGGCAAGAAAGAGAUGCGUAUUCUUAUGGUUGGUCUUGAUGCUGCUGGUAAAACGACCAUCUUAUACAAACUCAAGUUGGGCGAGGUUGUGACGACGAUUCCUACUAUUGGUUUUAAUGUGGAGACAGUCGAGUACAAGAACAUUAGCUUUACAGUAUGGGAUGUGGGUGGUCAGGACAAGAUUCGUCCACUCUGGCGUCACUAUUAUCAGAACACACAGGGAUUGAUCUUUGUCGUGGACUCAAAUGAUCGUGAUCGUGUAGAUGCGGCUCGUGAUGAACUGCAUCGUAUGCUGAACGAAGAUGAACUUCGUGAUUCAGUACUGUUGGUAUUUGCAAACAAACAGGAUUUGCCAAAUGCAAUGAGUGCUGCAGAGAUGACGGACAAGUUGGGUCUACAUGGCUUACGUCAUCGCCAGUGGUUCAUUCAAGCGUGUUGCGCGACGACGGGUGACGGACUAUAUGAAGGCCUGGACUGGCUAUCGGCGACACUUCAGAAGAAGCAGUAA